CUAAUCCAGAAACACUCAUUCUUCUUCCUUGUUCUUCGGUUUUGCGCUGCUCCUCCACAUUACAAGUCAAACCAUUUUCCCAGAUCUCUUCCCUCUCCUAUCCACCCCACCCUUUUGAUUCUCUUUUGUCUCUGCAGCUUCAAUAUCCUUGCUACAUGUACAAGUUUGUCACAUGUGUGUAUUUUUCAGCCACGAUCAUGAUGCUUAAUUUGUUUUACUAAUUACAUGUAAGUUGGUGGAAAUUAGUCGAAGAUCUCGGUCAAGUUGACUGAGGUGAGGAAUUUCGCAAGCCGGAAAGCGGGUGAUUUUGAUGAAAUUUAUAAGAGCUUGUUGUGUAUAGUUGGUGGAAUUUGAAAAAAGGGUCAUAAAUGUUGGCAUGGUUAUGAGUUUGAUUACCAAAUGGGGCGACGUCGGCCUAAGAUAAAAUGAUGAAGGAAUUUGAUUAUUGGGUUUUAAGACUAAUCGAGUUUUCGAUCAUCUGCCUCUUGAUUCUUGUUCCAUCCACUUCUGCAGAUGAAGGCAGUUUUGUGAGCAUUGCGUGCUGCACUGAAUCGAAUUACACGGAUAGCAGAAACAUUAGUUGGAUAUCGGACUAUAAUCAGUUUCCGAAUGCCACAGGCUGUCACACAAUUCAGUCAGAGGCAGACUAUUCCGGUUACAACAGAAGUAGAGCAUUCUACCAAAACUCAGGCCAGAAAAGAUGUUAUAAGCUAUCAACAGAAAAGGGUGAAGACUAUCUGAUUAGGGCUACAUUUCUAUUUGGACACAUUUGGAGCUCUAGUUUUUCAGUUUCGGUUGGUGUGACCCCAAUUAGUGUCGUAGAUUCAUCGGAGGACUCAGCAGUGGUUGAAGGGAUUUUUCGGGCUACCGAGGACAAUACAUACUUGUGCUUGGUGUAUGGCAAGGGAGCUCCUUAUAUUUCAGAGCUUGAGUUGAGGCCUCUACAGAAUUUGAAAUAUUAUUUAGAGGACUUCCCUUCAAGCGUUCUGAAAUUGGUUACAAGAAAUAGUUUUGCAAUUACAAAAGAUGAUAUCAGGUACCCAAAUGACACGAGUGACAGAAUUUGGAAAUCAAAUCCAAGUGCCGACCCAGGAACCGGAACCGGAACCUAUCACAUAUCACAACCCAACGUCUCCAUUUCCGGCAACGCCACCGCGUCUCCGCCCGUGCAAGUACUACAAACAGCUCUAGCGGCUCCAGACCGACUGCUCCUUCUCCACAAUGGCCUUCCCACAGAAAGUUACCAGUACCUCGUGUUCCUCUACUUCUACGAGGUCGAUCGGACGGUCCAAGCCGGCGAGAGGGUGUUCGACAUUUUCCUCAACGAUGAGCUGAAAAAGCGGAGAUUUGACGUCUCGGGAAAUGGGUCCAACUACAAGGAGCUUUCUUUCACUGUCACGGCAAAUGGGUCUCUGAAUUUGACUCUGGUUAAGGUCUCCGGGUCGGAAAAUGGACCCAUUUGCAAUGCUUAUGAGAUCUUGCAGGUACUUCCAUGGCGUCCAGAGACUAAUAAAAGUGAUGUGGAAGUGAUUUUGGAGGUGAGAAAUGAGGUGCUGAAGAGUAACCAAGAGAGUGAAGUUUGGGAAGGGUGGUCUGGAGAUCCAUGUCUUCCAGUUCCAUGGGAUGGUAUUACUUGUGAAUCCGUUGCUGGUUAUGCUGUCAUUACUGUAUUGGAUCUAUCGUCAGGUAUUCAGAGGGGGGGCUUUCUUAAAGGGCCAGUUCCUUCAAGUAUCACUAAGCUGACCUAUCUAAGAGUCCUGAACCUUAGCCACAAUGACUUUACUGGCAACAUUCCAGCAUUUCUUCCUUCCUCCCUGUUGACCUCAGUGGAUCUGAGCUUCAAUGACCUUGGGGGAUCACUUCCAACAUCUCUUAUCUCACUGCCACAUUUGGAUAUACUAAAUAUCAGGUGCAACCCUCAUGUCGCAAAAGAUAUUCCCUCCAGCUUCAAUGGCUCAACACUUACCACGGGCCAAGAAAGUUGCAGUGCUCAAGAAGCUUCUAAUCAACGAAUCAUCAUUGGUGCUGCUGCUGCAUCUGGGUCUCUACUAUUAACCAUUGUAGUUGGGAUAAUUUUCUACACUUGGAGACGACACUUUCUGCCUCAAGGAAAAUUUGAUAUGAAACAACAUCAUAUGACAAAGAAUUUAAUUUUUUCGUUACCGAGCAUGGAUGAUCUGGUUAUGAAGUCGAUAUCCAUAGAGACAUUUACUCUUGAGUACAUAGAGGCUGCUACCCAAAGGUACAAAACAUUGAUAGGUGAAGGAGGUUUUGGGUCUGUUUACCGUGGCACUUUAAUUGAUGGUCAGGAAGUGGCAGUGAAGGUCCGGUCAGCGACAUCAACCCAAGGAACUCGGGAAUUUGAGAAUGAGCUAAAUCUUCUGUCAGCUAUUCGCCAUGAGAAUCUCGUGCCCCUUCUCGGUUAUUGUUGCGAAAAUGACCAAGAAAUUCUGGUUUAUCCAUUUAUGUCCAAUGGCUCAUUACAGGAUCGUCUCUAUGGGGAAGCAGCAAAAAGAAAAAUUCUGGACUGGCCGACCAGACUCUCAAUUGCUCUUGGUGCUGCUCGAGGUUUGACGCAUCUUCACAAUUUUGCUGGUCGCUGCAUUAUACAUAGGGAUGUGAAAUCAAGUAAUAUACUUCUGGACCAUAGCAUGACUGCCAAGGUGGCGGACUUUGGUUUUUCAAAAUACGCUCCUCAAGAAGGUGACAGUUGUGCUUCUCUUGAAGUAAGAGGGACAGCGGGAUACUUGGAUCCGGAGUACUACAUGACUCAUCAUCUAUCAGCAAAAAGUGAUGUUUUUAGCUUUGGCGUUGUUCUGCUUGAAAUUGUUAGCGGACGGGAACCUCUGAACAUACACAGGCCACGGCCCGAGUGGAGUUUGGUUGAAUGGGCAAAACCCUAUGUAAGGGAAUCAAAGAUUGAUGAAAUUGUUGACCCGAACAUAAAAGGAGCGUACCAUGCCGAGGCCAUGUGGAGAGUAGUGGAGGUGGCAUUGUCAUGUAUUGAGCCCUUUGCCGCUUCACGACCAAACAUGAUUGAAAUCGUAAGGGAGCUAGAGGAUGCUCUGAUUAUAGAGAACAACGCAUCAGAAUACAUGAGAUCCAUAGAGAGCUCGGGAUCCAAUCGCUUUUCCAUGGUGAUGGAGAGGAGGAUUCCGCCGCCCACUCCUUCAGAACCGUCAUCUAUUUUGUCACAAAUGGCUCCUCCAGAGCCAAGAUAGUGAAUGGUUUUUAUGAGAUUUGCAUCCGUUUGUGAAUGAUUUGUUUUGUUGCUUGGCAUAAGUGAUAAAGGAGAAAAUUAGGGUAAUUUCCAAAUGCUCUUUUUGAAAUUGUGCACCUUCAUGUGUAAUAUAUGUUGCUUACCCUUUAACAUUCAAGGAAUCUACGUAACGCUCAUUA